AUGGCUCGUAAACGCCCAAACAGCUCGUCCUCCGAGUCAGAAGAUCUGCCCUUAUCCAAACGAGCCCGGCCAUUUCCCAUUGACGACUCUGACCUCGAUUACGAACCAACGAGCACCGAAACACCUAAAGUCAAUUCGACGUAUGGACAAAAAGGAGCAUUUCCGGGAUUAGAUGAUGGCGAUGAUGACGAACUGUUCUACGGCCCUGCAAACGAUGGAAUCGAGUAUCUACGUAUGGUCCGAUCCGAAGCCAAAGGCGUACCACACAUACUUGUUGGUUCAAACCAGACCGCGCAAAUGGACGGUGCGAAUGGCUACAACGAUGAAGAGAACGGAGAUGGUGGAUACUAUGAAGAUGGAGCCUUCAUCGCAGCCCCACAGCCUACGUCCAACCUCCCUGCAGCGAAAAGUAUCCCUCCAGAUGCGCAAGAAGCAUAUUACUUCUCGCUCGCCUCUCGCUUCCGAGAUGUCCGCAUCUUGCUACACCAGACACCACCUCUUUCAGCUAUUGAAAGCUUGACCAGUGACCAUCCGAUAUCUCUCCCGCCCGACUCUGCAAAGGCCCAACAGCAAUGGAGGUUUCUGCUUCAGCAUCGAGCACCGCAAAUGGCACAGCUUGCUUGCAUGGAAAUGGAGGCCGUGUUGGAGGUGGUCAAGCUCCUGAAAGGUCUGUUGGCUAGCACAGUGCGGACUCGAAGUCAGGAGAAGGUACAAAGGCUUGGUGCUUGGAUUUGGGGAGUCUUGGGAAGGUGUAACGAAGCUGGAGAGCUGGGUAGCGAGGAGAUCUCCGAGUUGAGGGAAUUGGGGAAGCGGGCAGUUGGUCUGCUGGUGGGUAUCCGAGAUCGAUCCGGCAAGGCUUAUGGUCAUGAUGAGGAGGAGGAGGAUCAGGAUAUGCCGGCGCUUGGGGAAGAGACGAACAAGGGAGACUCGGUUGAUCUACAGAUUGAGCCACAAGUCCAAGUCAAUGAUACGGGCCGUGAUGCACACGAGAAGGGGCCUUCAUCAAGCACAGUAUCUGAAGCAAAGGAACUUGAGCUCGCAAAGGCUGCUUUACACGAACAGCUGAGCUUGGGAGAUCAACCUCAAGUCAACGAACAGGCAGCAACUGGCAGGGUAGAUGGAGAGAAUGGCGACGUAGGUAUGGAAAUGUCAGUGGAGAAGCAGGUUCGGGUGAUGCUCGACAUGGUGAUCACUAUCGUGGGGGAGGUCUAUGGCCAGCGAGACCUGCUUGAGUUUCGUGACAUCUGGGACGAUGAGCAAGGAGACAUUUCACGCUGA